UUUUAUUGCUUACAUUGUUUUUGAUGCUUUAACCUAAUCUUCCUCAUUGACAGUGACCUGAGUCUGUCUGUGCACAGUCUCUCAACGCGCCCACCACUCCGACUGCCAAGAUGCCCAACACAAUGUGUUAUGUCCAAGGAGCCCAGUUCCAACCUGGAGAGUGCCAUGCAAAUGCUCAUAAAGACCUUCCACAAGUAUUCAGGCAAAGAGGGUGACAAGUACACACUGAGCAGAGGAGAGCUGAAGGAGCUGCUAAUAGAGGAGCUGGGUAGUUACUUGGGGAACUCCAAAGAUAACGAAGCCGUAGAGAAGGUCAUGAACGAUCUAGACGCCAACAACGACGGAGAGGUGGACUUCACUGAGUUCAUCAUCCUCAUGGGGGCCCUCACGGUCGCCUGCAAUGACUUCUUCCUCGAGUACAAGACAGAUGACAAGCCCAAAGAGGAGAACAAAGAAUGAAGGAUAAGUCUGCACGAGAUGUGUGGGAGAGGAGGAAAGCAUUGUAAAUUACAGGGAAAGGUUCACUAUUGUCUUAUGCAAUUUGUAAACUAUACACAAUUACUUGCAUUGCUGAAUAUGGCAGUGUCCAAGUAUAGUUUCUCUUGGUGCAAUCCAAGAGAGUUUGUUUUUCUUUUCUUGUUUUUCAUACCAAAGCAUGUCCGGAACACUGUCUCAACAUUACCAACAGGAUCCUCUCUCUUUUCUCUAAAUGAUGUGACACUUUCUGGUAUGUUUAGAAUGAGGCAAUGGAAACAGGAAGCCAGGGAUAUUUGAGAAAUUUGUG